CUUUUGUCCUACUUGCAACCGUUCUUAUCCAAUGAAUUCGUCGUGGUGGUGCAAUGAUUGUGACCGUAAGCAGUUGAUGGAAGGGUGGACCAGUGGUAAUUCAGAGUACGACAAAAUAAUUAAAGAUACGCAACACGAAGUAACUGGAUUUAAUGAUCCUUGUUUGAGGUGGAUACCACCUUAUCUGAUUAAAGACUGGGUCAAAAUUGCCAAAGGAGGCUACGGAACAGUUCAUUCUGCCAAGUGGAUAGGCGCAAAGUUCAAAGAACUUGAAAUGCAUAUAAUUACUCACAUGGUUACACCCGUCUUUGAAGAAUUGAAAGUUGCGAUUAAAACAUUUGAUUCUGAGCAAGAUUUUCGGAACGAGCUCAAGGCUGCAGCUUCGCCUUUUCAACUCUACGUGUCGCAAAUCAGACCUAUUGGUAUAUCACGCGUCGAAGCUACCGGAAAAUAUUGCUUAGUUAUGAAUUACGCUGAAAACAGGGACUUGUUAUAUUAUCUUCAAAAAAAUCCAAACCCUUCUGUCGAUACCAAAAUAAAAAUUCUUGUAUAUCUGGUAAACUACUUAAAAGCACUGCACGUUCAAAAUUUGAUCCAUCGCAAUAUCCACAGCGGAAAUGUCUUAAUUGGAUCUCAAAUUGCGUGUGAUGGAACUCGUUUCUUGACCUGUGCAUUGACAGACUAUGGUCUCUCGAUCAAUAAAGAUAAUGUCAAUUGUCUUGGUAAGGUUUCUGGUGUUCUGCCCUACAUUGCACCUGAAGUUAUCAGAGGAAAACCAUAUACCCAGGCUGCAGAUAUUUAUGCCUUUGGUAUUCUUAUGUGGCUGCUCGAAUGUUGCGAUCUUCCUUUUAACGACCGUCCACAUGAUAAUACUUUAGCAAGUGCAAUUUGUCAAGGUUUAAGACCUGAACUUCCUACAUGGACAUCGGACUGUUAUUCCAAGCUUUACAAAUGUUGUGUUGAUGCAGAUUUUAGUAAACGGCCAUCAGCAUAUGAGAUCUUUGAGAUCAUUUCAAAAUGGGAAAAAGAUCCAAAAUGUAUGCAUGCACUAAAUAUUGCUUAUAAAUCACAAAAAAAGAAUUUCUUAAAGAGGAAUAAAAAAAUACAUCCUGGAGCUAUUUACACAAGUCGUACUUUUAAUUUUGAAAACUUGAUGACUAAAAUAAAUCCCAAGAGUAUUUUAUCUUCACGAGAAAAUCUCCUUCCAUCGGUCGAAGAAAUCAGAAAAUGGGAUACUCCAGAUACCCUUAUCAAUUUUUUGAAAAAUCCAAAAUUGUGCUUAAACUUGAAGGAAGAUCAUUUCAAAUUCUUCCACUCACAAGAGAUUGAUGGCCCGGCCUUUCUUUUAUUAACCGAAGAAGUACUUAUUAGUGAUGGCCUAAAAAGAGGUCCAGCCGUAAAAAUCGCAAACUUAAUCAAAGAGAUUCUUGAAGGAGAAGGGCGAUCAAAAAAUGCACAAA